AUGAGCUUGUACAGCAGUUCACAGAGUUCGGAGGCGACAGACCUCAAGACAUUCGGGAACUUUGGCAACCCGGGCACUCCAGACGAGAUGCGUUCGGCAUACAGAGUGCCCCCUAUCAAGGGCUACUCCCAUCUCUUCAAGCUUCUUGAAGGGAAUGAAGAGAUCGAGAACACUCCUGUCCGGACUGAAGUGUUUUCUGGAACAAUUCGACAGCACAACUUCAUCACUAAAGGCGAAGUAUUGCGCAAGCAUGGCUCAACAAUUGGCAAGGUUGGCCGCGUUUCUAUCUGCAGAGACCAGAAGAGUCUUCUUUCUGCCGUCCUCGAUAUUAAAAAGGACGAAUACCAAGUCCUCGACUGCGAGACCAGAGACCGACUUGGAAUGUUUCUCCAAGUCUACUGCCCCGAAAGAGCAGAUUGGGUGAUCACCGACAACGAAGAGACAACCAUUGACAUAUUCACCGACCGCACUCUAGAGCUCACUCGACCUAUCUCCGAGGAGCUUACUCUCCUUCCCAACCGCCUCCAGAGACUCUCUGAUUUUUUCUUCGAGCCCAAUAUCAGCAAGGCGGAGUACCUCCUCGUGUCUCGGGUGCUUCAAGUCCAGGCCCAUCGCGCCGCGGAGCUCGUCGACACCGUCUGCAAGCUCCUGCAGCCCAACACACCCGGAGCCCAGAGUCUCGGAUCCACGAGCGAGCAUGCCCGCGAGCCUCCCCAAGGGGCUUGGGAGAAGACCGAUCAAACUGCGAGUCUAAUAGAGCACCAGCUAGAAGAGAUGCGGCAUCACCAAGAAGUGUACCGGGAGCUUCUGGAUGACAGCGCUCGUUCAGCCGAGAAAGUCACCGAGCGUCUUUCCACCGUCGUCGACAGAGUCGAGUCAUUUAUCCGCGAGGCCGAUAUGGAUCAGGUCCAACACAUCCGCCAGCUCGAGAAUAUCUCCAUGCUCGUCACGCAUAGAUUAGACAAAGACCUCCAACAGCAGACCCCCCAGUCGACUCCGACCAAGAAGCGCCUGCGAUCUGAAUCUCCAGGCAUCUCGGACGAAGACCCGUCUGACUAUACGGAUGGCUCCGCCUCCGAGCGAUCACACAAGCGCGCCAAUCAUUAA